UGGAGUGGUACAAAAAAAAAACUUUUUUUCUAUGUUCUGUAUUUUCAUUUUGUAUUAGUGUAAACUUUACCAUGACUUUAAAACAAAAAUCCUUAAAUGGCAUGGCCAACAAUGUACCCGAUCCACGCAUAAACGGGAAGGAAUGCGGUUUACCGUUCCAAACAACACAAUUUUUCUUAUGCGAUCCAUAUCAUUUUCUUGACUCUGGGGAACAACUUAAACUUAUUACUAAUUUAAAUACAUUAUACAUUACACGAGUGCAUCAGUGCAACGAUCAUGUUUCUAAGCCCCUUCUUGUAACAAUUUUUCUUGCAAGUGACCAUCAAAAUGGACAGGACACAGUUGAGAUGCAAUAUCCUGAAUUAUUUCUUGAAACUGUUUUAGAGAAAGUUUCUAAUGCGCCAAAUGAAGAUGGGUCGAAAGAGCUUACACACGCUCCAUUCCUUUCUAGCUGUGGUAAACAUUUUGCUAUUUUAUAUAAUCCAUUGAAAGAUAAGCCAAUCACCUCAAUAAGGUGUGACAAUGCUUUAGAGCCUAUUUUUACUGAACCCGAAUAUCCCGAAUUAUUACAAAAUUUUUUGAGUGUUUGUAGUCCGGACACAUCCACUAAAAAAUUGUCGUAUGUUGUUAAGGUACAAACCAUUCGAAAAAAUGAAAAUUUUGAAAUUAAACAAAGCGAAUUGUUUAAAACACUAUCACUCAUUCUAAGAAAAAUAGAGGAAAAUUUUCCUUUAACAGGAAACUGAACCCUCCAAAGUUUCCCCUAUAAAAUUUGAAGGAACUAAGGACUCUUUAACAUCUGUAAUAAAAAAUUUUAAGGGAAGUUAUGACGAAUCUAUCGAAGAUUUAGAAUCGGAUGCGGAACGUGAAAUCGAGAAUAUUCUACAAGGUCGCUUUUCUAUAAAAGAUUCAAUUUUUGGAUUUCUUAAAUCACAUGGGAGACAAUUGAUAAUCAUUGGCACGGGUUGCGUUUUGUGGACGUGUUGCUUGGAAAUCCUUCAUCAAAUUAUUUUAAAACGUUUUUCUAACGUUAAGAUUACUACACAGGUUCCUUCUAUCGGAUAUAACACACCACGUCAUCAGAAUCACAUAGGACCAUCGUCACAAACAUCGUAUUUGCUUGCUGUUUAAAAACUCAACACAAAAU